CUAUGUUUCGCCAAGAUCCCGACAGUCCCAGCGGCUAAGGGAGUCACGUGAGAGUGGGCGGUGGACGCAGGAACGAGGCUUCUGCGUCUCUAUGGUUGUCAGAGGCGGCUGGCAUUUCCCGAGUUGCUGCUGAAGCUGGAGCGUGGACGGGAUGUUUCGUCUUAACACCCUUUCUGCAUUGGCAGAACUAGCUUUGGGCUCUCGAUGGUACCAUGGAGCAUCACAGCCCACACAGAGCAAACGAAGACUCAUGAUGGUGGCUUUCCUGGGAGCAUCUGCAGUGACUGCAAGUACUGGUCUCUUAUGGAAAAAGGCUCAUGCAGAAUCUCCACCUUGUGUCAAUGGCAAAAAGACUGACACUGAUGAUAAAGGGAAGAAUAAAGAUGAAGGGGAAGUCUGCAACCAUGAAGGAAGGUCUGCAGAUGCUGAGGCCGAGCUUAAUCCAGAAGAGAAGAAGAAGAAGCGCUCUGGAUUUAGAGACAGAAAAGUGAUGGAAUAUGAGAAUAGGAUCCGAGCCUACUCCACACCAGACAAAAUUUUCCGCUAUUUUGCCACCUUGAAAAUAAUCAGUGAGCCUGGUGAAGCGGAAGUGUUUAUGACUCCACAGGACUUUGUGCGCUCCAUCACACCCAAUGAAAAGCAGCCAGAGCACUUGGGCCUGGAUCAGUAUAUAAUAAAGCGCUUUGAUGGCAAGGAUAAGUUGUUCAAAAGGAAAAAGGAAAAUGUACAUAGGGUCAGAAUGAAAGUAAUGAAAAUUGCCCAGGAGCGGGAGAAGUUUGCUGAUGAAGGCAGUAUCUUCUAUACCCUUGGAGAAUGUGGCCUUAUCUCCUUCUCUGACUACAUUUUCCUUACAACUGUUCUUUCCACUCCUCAGAGGAAUUUUGAAAUUGCUUUCAAGAUGUUUGACUUGAAUGGAGAUGGAGAAGUGGACAUGGAGGAGUUCGAGCAGGUUCAGAGCAUCAUUCGCUCACAAACGAGCAUGGGCAUGCGUCACAGAGAUCGUCCCACUACUGGGAACACCCUCAAGUCUGGCUUGUGUUCAGCCCUCACAACCUACUUUUUUGGAGCUGAUCUCAAAGGAAAACUGACCAUCAAAAACUUCCUGGAAUUUCAGCGUAAACUUCAGCAUGACGUUCUGAAGCUGGAGUUUGAACGCCAUGACCCUGUAGAUGGGAGAAUCACCGAGAGGCAGUUUGGUGGCAUGUUGCUGGCCUACAGUGGAGUGCAGUCCAAGAAGCUGACCGCCAUGCAGAGACAGCUGAAGAAGCACUUCAAAGAGGGGAAGGGCCUGACUUUCCAGGAGGUAGAGAACUUCUUCACUUUCCUGAAGAACAUUAAUGACGUGGACACUGCAUUGAGCUUUUACCACAUGGCUGGAGCAUCUCUCGAUAAAGUGACCAUGCAGCAAGUGGCCAGGACGGUGGCGAAAGUAGAACUCUCAGAUCAUGUGUGUGACGUGGUGUUUGCACUCUUUGACUGUGAUGGCAAUGGGGAGCUGAGCAAUAAAGAGUUUGUUUCCAUCAUGAAGCAGCGGCUGAUGAGAGGCCUGGAGAAGCCCAAGGACAUGGGCUUCACCCGUCUCAUGCAGGCUAUGUGGAAAUGUGCCCAAGAAACUGCCUGGGACUUUGCUCUGCCCAAAUAGUAUCCCACCUCCUGCACCCUUAGCACCCUGGACCCCCUAGAAUGGCCCUUCAUGCUGCUGCUGCUUCUGGGAGUAGUAGCCCUGACCCCCAUCUUUUUCUGGGAGUGACUUCUGGGCUAACCUGGCUUCCCUCUACACCCUUCUGCUAGGCUCUGAGUGCAGUCAGUUCAAAGGUUCUGAAAAACCUUGAACAAGUGGAGACCUUAGCUCCUUUAACAAGUGCCCUGUGGGGAAAGAAUGAAUGCAUGGGCCCUUCCCAAUACCUGCCAACCCUGAGAGGCAUCUCACCCUCCAGCCUCUCUCGAUGUGGAUUUAUGUUAAUGAGAACAAUACCUGCUCUUCCUCCUCCUCCUCCUUUUUUUUUUUUUUUUUUUUUUUUUUUUUGAGCUGCAAGUUUGAAAAUACUCUGGCAGGAAUACUCUGGCAGGCAAAAGGAAAUCUGUGAUGAAUGAUACUGAAGAUGACCCUAUCACCCUGUGCUGGCAGGAAGCCUGGCCAGAAGACUAUCUAUACAUGGUGACUCCAGGAAGCCUUGUGUUCCCAGCAGAAUUCCAGAUUCAAAGUAGCUGUUUCAUGGUUCUCUAUGCUCUCAGGCCCUGGGAUGUCUCUGGGACCCUGCCUCACCUGACCUCCUUGUAUCACCUUCCCUCUCUACGGAGCCCAGACCCAGCUCAGAGUCUAUUUGCCCCAUGUCUAAAAUAUCACUUUAACUAUAAGAGUUUGCAGUAAAUAUC